AUGCGCGGCGGCGGGCGGCGGCGCCGACAGGGAGCGAGGCGGCUGAGGUGCGCGCCCGGAUGGCGGCGUCCGGGGCGAGGAAGCCCAGCUCCCCGCGGGACUCGGAGGCCGAGGUCUGGUCCCGCCGGGUGAGGGAGCUGGUCAGCUCCGAGCCGGCCAGCCGCCUCUGCUUCGAGUGCGGCCAGCGCGGCGUCACCUACGUGGACAUCACCAUCGGCAGCUACGUCUGCACCGCCUGCUCGGGGGCGCUGUGAGUGCGGAGGGGGGCGGGGCCACGCCGCUAUGCGCGAGGCCAGGGGGCGGGGCCACGCCGCUAUGCGCGGGGGCGGGGCUUUUUCCACGCGGAAUGCCUCCUGGGGGCGGGGCCAAGGGCGGGGCGAUGGAGACCCUUCCUCAACCUGGCGCCCUCCCAGCUGCGUCAGGGACCCCAUGGGGGAAGGGGCUAAUGGUUAUAAUAAUGUAACGGUAAUUUAAUAUCUAUACCCGGUCCAUCUGGCUGGGUUUCCCCAGCCACUCUGGGCAGCUUCCAACCGAAUAUUCAAAACAACACAGCGUCAGACAUUAAAAGCUUCCCUAAGCAGGGCCGCCUUCAGAUGUCUUCUAAAAGUCAGAUAGUUGUUUAUUUCCUUGACAUCUGAUGGGAGGGCGCCACCACCAAGAAGGCCCUGUGCCUGGUUCCCUGUAACUUCUCACAGGGAGGAAACCGCCAGAAGGCCCUCGGAGCUGGACCUCAGAGUCCGGGCAGAACGAUGGGGGUGGGGACGCUCCUUCAGGUAUACUGGGCCUUUGAGGCCGUUUAGGGCUUUAAAAGUCAGCACCAACACUUUGAAUUGUGCUUGGAAACAUACUGGUUUGUUUGUGUUGUUGCCCUUGUUUUUAUUAUGUGUUUCGAUCUUAUGAACUGCCUUCAGAUCUACAGAUGAAGGCGGUAUACAAAUUUAAUAAAUAAAUAAUAAAAUCAGCCCCACAGCCAGCCUUGGCCGAGGGUUGGGGGCUGUACUCCAAAACCGCUGAGGGGCUCCAGGUUGACUCCAGGUUGACUGAAGGCUAGACAACCUUUGGAUUUGCUUGUCACCUCUGUGACGUAUAUGAGACCACCUGGCAAAAUCAUCUGGAGGCUUAGGACGUGAGACGAGUCUUGCGGGAGGAGUGCAGUGGCUCCUCUAGGGCAGCGUCCUGUUCCCACAGUGGCCAACCAGAUGUCCCAAACGAAUGGAAGAAACCCACAAGCAGGACUUGAGCGCAACAGCAUCUCUCCCCAUUUGCGACCCUCAGCAAACUGCGGGAGUUAUAAAGCAGCAAGUAAAAUUUUAGACGCGGGUGGCGCUGUGGGUAAAACCUCAGCGCCUAGGACUUGCCGAUCGCAUGGUCGGCGGUUCAAAUCCCUGCGGCGGGGUGCGCUCCCGCUGCUCGGUCCCCAGCGCCUGCCAACCUAGCAGUUCGAAAGCACCCCCAGGUGCAAGUAGAUAAAUAGGGACCGCUUUAUAGCGGGAAGGUAAACGGCGUUUCCGUGUGUGCUGCGCUGGCUCGCCAGAGCAGCUUCGUCACGCUGGCCAUGUGACCCGGAAGUGUCUUCGGACAGCGCUGGCUCCCGGCCUCUAGAGUGAGAUGAGCGCACAACCCUAGAGUCUGGUAAGACUGGCCCGAACGGGCAGGGGUACCUUUAUCUUUACCUUUAAAAUUUUAGAAACUGUGCGCACAAUUAAAAGGAGGGCAGCGGAUGACGAAACAGACAGAAGGCACCAGCGAUUUGGAAGAGGCCUUGUUUGCGCUUUGCGUGGGGUGCAGAAGGACCUCUGGGAUAGCGCGGGAUUGGCUGCUGCAAGACGGCGCAAUGCAUCCUGGGCCGCUCCCUGAUGCUAGCCGUGCUCUUUGGCCUUCACUGGCCAGUGGGAGGCAAAGGCAUCUCUUCGCUAAAACAAAUAAGAGUUUCAUAAGCUCCCCUUUGAGCGGAAAGGCAGGUUAAACACCUUUUGACCAAAGUAAAUAGAAACUCGGGUUGUUGCCCUGGAUGGUGGGGUAUGGCUGACAUGAGAGGGAGGGUGGAAAAAAAGGAAAUCUGUGGAAUGCUUUUAAGCCAGCCGUUGUCAACCUGGCGAGUAAAAGGCGACAUGGUAGAAGUGUGUAGAAUUAUGCCUGGCAUAGAGAAAAGCUUUUCUCCUCUCUCACGACGCUGGUACUCGUGGGCUUCCAAUGAAGCCAAAUGCUGGAAGCUUCAGGACAGAUAACUGGAAGUCUGUCUUCACACAGAGCAUAGUUGAACUGCGGAACUCCCUCCCACCAGAGGCAGUGAUGGCCAACAACCUGGAUGGCUUUAAAAGAGGAUUGGGCAAAUUCAUGGACCAGGAGAGGGCUUUCGAUGGCUACUGGGUGGUCAGAGGUAGCAAUGCUUCUGAACACCAGUUGCUGGAAAGCACAGGAAAGGGAGAGAUGCUCUUGUGUUCGAAUCCUACUCGCAGAUUUUCCAAUCAUGGGCAUCUGGUUGGCCUCUGUGAGAACAGGAGGCUGGGCUAGAUGGGCCAGAUUGUGUUCUUAAAUUGUCGUGAUAUGAGUCCUUAAUUUCUUUUCCCCCUGCCCCACUGAGGUUGCCCAGAUCCCUAAUCCAGGUUGACUCCCUUAGGAAGUUCUCCCCACAUGGGGUUCCUCCUCUCUCCGUGACAUUCUGGAUAUUUCAUUUCCCACCCUCUUAAUAAUUAACUGCCACGGGCAGAGAGAAUCCUUGCAUCAGCAGGUCAGAGCCCUAGGGGACAGGGCCAUGUGGAGCCCAGUGGGGCAGAGUCGACAUCUAGGCUCUCUUCCCUGAGGGCCCAGGCCUCUCCUGGAUUCUGCAGCUCAGGAUGCACAGCAUUCUCUGCGUUUUCCUGGCAGCUCAGAGAGCUGUCAACAUCAUUCUCUUCACCAAGGUGUCUCGUUUGCAAAAGCACACACACUUUGCUGAACUCAAAGGCCUGGUUUCUCCUGCUCUCCCCUAGAGAGCAUCUACUCAGUGGCUAUAAUCAGCAGGUGCUUUUCUCUUUGCUGUGUUUCCUGCAUUGCUUGGACUAGCCAUUGUGAUUCACGCGAUGGUCACCUCCAGACUUGAUUAUUGUAACUCGCUCUACGUGGGGCUGCCCUUGAGACUGACCCAGAAACUCCAGCGGGUGCAGAAUGCCACAGCAAGACUCCUUACAGGGUCCUUGCCACGGGAUCACAUUCACCCGGUGCUAUACCAGCUGCACUGGCUCCCGGUGGAGUACAGGAUCAGGUUUAAGGUGCUGGUUUUAACCUUUAAAGCCCUAUACAGCCCAGGACCCUCGUACCUACGGGACCGCCUCUCCUGGUAUGUCCCACGGAGGACCUUACGGUCUUCAAACAAAAACAUCUUGGAGGUCCCGGGCCACAGGGAGGUUAGGCUGGCCUCAACCAGAGCCAGGGCUUUUUCGGCCGUGGCCCCGAUCUGGUGGAACGCUCUGUCACAAGAGACUAGGGCCCUGCGGGACUUGACAUCUUUCCGCAGGACCUGCAAGACGGAGCUGUUCCACCAGGCCUUUGGCCAAGGCACAGUCUGACCCCCCUCCUUUUGCAAUCCUUGCAGAACUCUAGCCCAAUGGUUGCCAUUAAUUUGAUUUGAAUUGAUUUUAGAAUGAAUUGAUUUUAGAAUGCUGUGUUACUUUUAUUGUUGUUAGCCGCUCUGAGCCUGGCUUCAACUGGGGAGGGCGAGAUAUAAAUAAAUUAUUAUUAUUAUUAUUAUUAUUAUUAUUAUUAUUAUUAUUAGAUGACCCUUGGGGGUCCCUUCCAGCUCUACAGUUUUGUGAUUCUUCUCCCCCACCUCACCCCAAUGCAGCCGUGGCCUGAAUCCCCCUCACCGGGUCAAGUCGAUCUCCAUGACGACCUUCACGGAGAGCGAGGUGCAGUACCUCCAGACCCGUGGGAACGAGGUGAGUCGGGGCCCCGCUGAGGCCUUCACGGCAGUUGUGUCCUGCUUUCUCACAUGUAUAUAUAAGACAAUUUAUAACAGCAAGGUGGCGAGCUCGGUUUGGUGACUGAGAGGCCAACGGAAGGCACAAGUGAGGUUUCAGAGGGUGGGCAGGUGACGGUCCUCUCCUGUGGUACUCGGUUCAAGCCCACUCACUUCCCGAACAACGCCCAGAGUUCUGAAUUGCACCUUAUUCCUCAUACGCAUUGAUAAGAACCUGUAUCUUUUAGUGCAGCAGUACCUAAACUAUUGACAUCAGGCAGGCGGCUUCCCCGUACUUUUCCAGCUCCUGCUAAACAGCAUUCUUGUUUAGGCAAGCCUGCCUGGUCGAUUUGUGUUUUAAUCCCCUUUUAGUUUAAUUUUUUUGAUUAUAUAGUAGCUUUUAUUGAUGAUUCUGUUGUUUCUCUCUCUUUGAGUUGUCCCUUCUAUUACAAGCAAGCAGUGUCUAAAUCUUACGAAGUAAAUAAUUCUGGGCCCCUUACCCACCCCAGGCCUGUCGGAAGAUCUGGUUGGGCACCUUUGACUCGCGGACGUCUCUGCUGCCAGAUUCCCAGGACCCUCAGAAAGUGAAGGAGUUUCUGCAGGAGAAAUAUGAGAAGAAGAGAUGGUGAGAAUGACAGGAGCCUGUCCUUCAAGGGGAGCUCAAAUCCAGGAGCUUUCUGGGUGGUAAAGGACUCAGAUGAAAUUCUGCAAACUGGCGUGGGCUGUUUAUUUUCACGUCUUACUCCAAAGGCGAAAUGUUGACUUUUCACCCCCCAAGGAAUGAGAGGGUGGGGAGAUUAUCCUGGGCGGUGGUCUAUCCUCUCCUCUGGCUUCCCCCUCCAGGUACAUCUCUCCAGAGCAAGCCAAAAACCUGCCCUCGCUGACAUCCCAAAGCUCCACGGUGGAAGUGAAGACGCUGCUGGGAGACUCAGGAGCCAUGCCUACAGCAGCCAAGCCUAGCCAGGUUGGGAGUAUCGGGCAUCCUUCUGGCUCGACUAAGUUGCUCAGAAAUUCUUUCCAUUCGCUGGCCAGCCCAGGCUAGGCCCCUACCUUGUUUCACAAGCUCUGAUAUCAGGUUUUUGACAGCUGUUGGGGAGUAGCAGGGCAGGGGGCGGUGGGCUGUAGUUUGCAGUGUUCGGGGCUUGUGUAAUUUGGAGAAAAUUCAAGCAAAAGACAGUGAGAAACGAGAAAUUCACAGAGGAUAAGGCAUAGGGACAUGGGUGGCGCUGUGGUCUAAACCACAGAGCCUAGGGCUUGCCGAUCGGAAGGUUGGCGGUUCACAGAACUGCAUAAUAUAAUAACAAACAAAAGCAACACUGCCCCCUCACCCCAGUUUAAAAGGCCAUAUACUACCAAAGGUCUGGUUAGAGAGGAACAUGUUCACCUAGUGCUUCUCAGCAACCAACAAUCCAUCCUGCCCCACAGAAUCAGUAGAUUCUGAAACUUUGUUCAAGUUCAAAAUAAGCAUGGCGUGCCAGGGAGACCUUUGCGACGCCCUCUUCUCCUAGCCGCUGUGUAUUUUCUGCGUGCUAAAGCCACAUAAAGCUAUCUCCUUAUGUUCCAACAAUAUACAGCCCAGGACACAGUAUUCUCCCUUAGCACCUCAGUGGGCCACAACUUGCUUCAGAGUGCAUUUGUGGUGCAUGCCGGGCUCUUGGGGGGGGGAGAUCUCUUGAUGGGCAGGAUCCCGGCCUUUCAUUCUGACCGGCUUUCCCUUUUCCAGAUUGCAGACAGGAGCCAGCCGCAGGGCCCCCAGCCAGCCAAGAAAGCCAGUAUGGACCUCUUGGCCGACAUUGGGGGAGACCCCUUUGCUGCCCCUCAGCCUGGACCUGCCUUCACAGCCUUCCCUGCUUUUGGGAGUGAGUAACUUCUUGUGGCUCCUUAUCACACCAGAGAGAGGGUGGGUGUGUCUGGCUGGGCAGUUUUGAUCUGGAGGGAGUGUGUUAACUGAAGAGGCUUCAAAAUGGGCAUUGGGGGAGGGGCGGGAUCCCAAGCAACCAGGGAGUUGGGGGAGCUGCCUUUUCCACCAUGGGGAAAGAAAAACAAAAACACUGGCUUUCGGCUCCUUGACUUAGAGCAGGGUUUCCCAAACAGUCUCUGGCUGGGUUUUUUGGGACUACAACUCCCAUCAUCCCUUGGUACCAGGACCAGUGGUCAGGAAUGAUGGGAGUUGUAGUCCAAAAACAAUCAGGGAGCCAAUAAUAUACGAUAUCUUUAUUGUCAUUGUCCAUGCAGAACAAUGAAAUUGAAAAACUACAUAAAACAUUCAAAAACCCCUAAAAACUCUGAAACCCCAUUUUAAAGUACACUAUACUAUAGAGACCCCUUAUGCUGCGUUUAGAACCAGAAUUGCAUUGCAUAGAAACUGUUUCUCAGGCGGCUAGUCCUGGCCUUUAUAACCCUGUACCUUCUUCCAGAAGGCAGAAGCUGAAAGAGAUCAUUUCCGGGGUGCGCACUAUCCUGCGCUAUCUCUGCCGCUUUCUUAUGGCACCUGGCAGCAUACAAUAAUAAUAAUAAUAAUUCAUUAUUUAUUCCCCAGCCACUCUGGGUGGCUUCCAACAGAAUAUUAAAAUACAAUAGCCUAUUAAACAUUAAAAGCUUCCCUAAACAGGGCUGCCUUCAGAUGUCUUCUAAAAGUCUGGUAGUUGUUUUUCCUCUUUGGCAAGUUUGGGAAACCCUGAUUUAGACAACGGACCGCUAAGACGCAGGGUGUGCUUACAAACCUGGCGAGUUGGUGAGAACGUGAUUCUGCAGUAGCUGGGUCACUGGGCAGAUCCAACAGGCUCUAAUUGCUUUCCUAUGGUAUUACAAAAGAGGGGUGAAGAAGGUGUGAUGGAGGGGAGUAUUCCUGCCUUGCCAAGGGGUUGGACUGGAUGACCCUCGAGGUCCCUUCCAACGCUUACGAUUCUAUGAGAACGUUCUCCCUUUUCUCCUAAUGCCCUGCACUCAGAUUUGCUCGAGGAGGUCAGAGCCCUAGACUUGGAGGGUUGGAGGCCCCUUCGAUGCGGGAGGAAAUCUAUUGGUGGUAGAUUCAGGACAGGCCAGAGAAGGAACUUAACGCAUGCACAACACUGCGGCUAAAUAAUCCCUCUUGCGCUCUCUUUCUCAGGCCAGGUGCCAGCCCAGGCCGCCUUCACCAGUUUCGAUGCCUUUGGAGGAAGUCCUGCUGGAGUGACCUUUGGGGACGCGUUAGCCGCCAGCCACAGCCCUUUCCAGAGCCAGCCCAUGGCAGCCGGUAACAUGCCCCGUAAGUACUAAUAUUUUGUUCAUUCCGUUUAUAUUCCGCCUCCCCUAUAGUUCCUCACCCCCCUAUUUUAUCCUCGCAAUGUUUUAUUCCUCCUCGUUCUCUUUUCGUCGGCAGGCGGAGACUGUUUUACUCCCACAGGCCUUUGGGAACUGACAGAUUUUUUUCUACUACCUGCAUUUUAACAGAUUUGCUUUUGCAUUGCUUUAAUUCUGUUGCAUUAAAAGUGAAAACAUACCGUAUUUUUCGCUCCAUAAGACGCACCUAGUUUUUAGAAGGGGAAUGCAAGAAAAAAAAUAUUCUUUAAAGGGAGCGCUGAGCAGAGCAUGUAUGCAUUCCAGGCUCUGCUCAGCGCUCCCUUUCACGAGCUGCGUGGAGCGUGUGUGCGGCGCUUGCAGGCUUUUCCCCGAGGAGGGAGAAGGCCAGCCCAUCACUGACAGGCUGCCCUUCUCCCUCCUUGGGGAAAAGCCCCCAAGAGCCGCGCACACGCUCCACGCUGCUCGUGAAAGGGAGUGCGGCUCUUGGGGGCUUUUCCGGGAGGUGGGGGAAGGGACUGAGGGGCUAAGCCAGAAUCUAGAACAGCAAGAGGGGGCGCUGCACAUUGAUCCCUCUCGCUGUUCUGGCUUCUGGGAUAGCCGCGAAGCCUGCAUUCGCUCCAGAAGAUGCACACACAUUUCCCCUUGCUUUUUAGGAGGGAAAAAGUGUAUCUUAUAAAGCGAAAAAUAUGGUAAAAGAUAGUUUAAAAUGUAACUAAGCUAUUACAUAUUAUAUGCUUUUAGCUUUUUGUAUUUUACCUGCUAUGUUUUAAUUUGUGUAAACCAGCUCGAGUCCUGGUCUGGGAAAAUGGUGGGAAGGUGGGGGUGAGGGGAGAGAGAGACAGAGAGAAAAUUUUAAAAAUAUAUUAAUUUUGUAUAUCUUUCUUCAUCAGCAGAUCUCAGGGCAGUUCAUGGCAUAAAAAUGCAACAUAAAAGCACAAAACACACGAUCGAAACAAGAACAAAGAAACACAAACCGAUAACUCCCAAACAAACCAAUAUUAAUUAAUAUUCUUCCUUGCAGGUGGAACCCACAUGGGCGGUUUCCCCGCCUCCCCUGCUAGCCAACCAGGAGUGGGCAUUCCAGACAUGGGCGGGGCCUUCAGAGUGGGCGGAGUCCCAAGCAGGUAAUGGGUUUCCCUCUGGAUCAACUGGUUUGGGGCUGGUGGGUCUGUGGACAUUUCUGCCUUUGGCCAACGGGUGUGUGUGUGUGAGUCUAAGUGGCCUCUGGGUGCAUCUCCCAGAGAGCCUUGUACUUACCUGCUUCCUCCUCCUCCCCCUCUCUCUGCCAGUGUCUUUGGGGCCCUCAGCCAGUCACCUGUCCUGCCCCCGCCCAGCCCAGCCACGGCCUACGGGGGUAAGUAGUUUUCCUUCCUCCUCUCGGUUCUGAUGGUUGCUGCUGUCGUCAUCUUCUAUUUAUUUGUAGGCCACUUUUCCCGUGGCAGUGAUCAAAGUGUCUUGCAUCGCAGCAAACGAACAAUAAUAAAUAGAACAAUUCAAAAAACAAAACAAAAAAACCCCCAAGAACGAUUAGAAAUAAUCAUAAUAUAUACAGAACAUAAAUCCAUACGAAAACAAUACAGAUAAGCUAAGAACUAAACGGGAAAGAGAAUGCCCUCAGGUGCUGCUGUGUGAACCUUCAGUUACCCACGCAUGAAAGAUCGUCAUCGUUUUAAUUGUAGGCCACCUUUCCACAGUUAAAGCCAAGCUCAAGGCGGUUCACAACACAGAAAGAUUUACAUAAUUACAAACAUAACAAAAGUAGUCAUAAACAGUGAAAGGAACAGAUAAAAAAAGUACACAACCAAGCAGAACGAUUUUCACGCAAGUCAUAGUAAGAUCUAAAAACAAAUCUACAAAAAGUUAAUAUCGAGAGCAGCAACAAACCCCACCAAAAGAACCCGCUAAACCAGUGCUCCCAAUUGGGAUCUGCGUAACCCAACCGGGGAUCUGUGGCACAUACCUGUCAGCUGUCUGGGACAUCCCCUUUGGGGAGGUGCCCAAAAGAUUGUGAGAUUACAGUGCCCAAAAAACACCUGUUUCGGGGCGCCAUGCUCUCACGCUGGUCACAUGACUUGCAGGGAUGCACAGCCCGGGAGAUGGCAGAGCCCUCGUUUUGCACUGGGACACACUGGAGGGUCUGGUGGCACUGCUUGGCUUUUGAAAAACGGGGGGGGGGGGGUCCGCAGUAUUUGGCUAAUCCCAAGAAUUUGUACCAUAAUGUUACAUAGAGAGAGAGAGAGAGAGUCACAUGAGAGUCAGAUAGACACAGCCAGGUAUACAGAGAGUCAGAUGCAGAAAUCUAUGCACAAAUUUAGGGAAGCUUUUACUGUUUGAUGGACUGUUGAGCAGGAACUGAUUGUGCUCACAUAGCGAGGCCUGUGCAUGUGUGUCAUCCAAUGAGGAAGUGAAAUGGUGACGUGAAAUUUUGGGGAGCGGUGUGUGUCUUAGAAGGAGGGGCAGAUUUCUAGGCACAAGUCUUUGGUUACUAUGGCAAAGUCUGAGGACCCCUGGCACGUUCGUGGGGUGUAUGUAGCAGAGGCCAGUUGCUUCAUUUGUGGUAUAACUUGGGGCACUUUCUCUUUCUCUCUCUCUGAUGUCCAGCCUGCACCAAUCCUUUCGCCACCUCUGCUGUCGCUCAGCCCACGCUGCCUUCCACCAACCCCUUCCAGACCAACGGCAUGGGCCCAGGUAAGCCUUUCCCUCCGCCUUGAGACUCUUGGGGUCAUAGGUUUGAGCCCCGUUUUUUGGGAGUGGGGGGAGAUUCCUGCAUUGCAGGGGCUUGGGCUAGAGGGCCCUCUGUUGUCGCCUCCUUCCAGCCGUCCCGCUGCAAAAACCAUCCGACGUAAAUCAGCGACUCGGGCUUCUGAGCUUGAAGGUUCCCACACCUUCUCUGAGCUACUAAGAGCAGCUACUGCUGUUUUAGCCAACUCAUCAGCAUACCUCUUUGGAGGUUUGCCCUUUGUGGCCCUUUCAGAUCUGCGUACUGGACACAAGUCUUCAGCACUCAUCUCCUCUUUCUUAGGAGAAUGGUGGCACUCUUUUCAUACCCCACAAAUACGCCAUGCACACCACGCUUCCCGAGCUUGCUGCUCUGUGGAGUAUGGACCCAGGCUUCUGAGCCAGGGCACACUAUCAGCAGAGCGAACUGCGCACGCAGAAUAGGCGUGAGGCUUGCGGAAGCAUACGACAACUACAGAUUUAUUAAUCAUAAAUCAGGACAAACAUGUCGUCUCUCUCGUCGUCUCAGAGAGAACAGGAAAAGGAAAAGCUACGCACAACGGAAGCUUCAAGCAAUGUAAACAGACAUGUGACACGCAGCAGUUCCACACGCCUGCUCCUUAAGGUGCAAUGGAAAUGUCAACAUCCUCAUGGUCCCGUCCAACUCUACAGUCCUGUGGUUCUUAUCAUUCGAGCAGAGGUGGGAGGGCGGAGAGAGAGACGGCGAGUCGGGCAAAGGAGGAGUAGGGGCGGGUUUUGUAAGCCGCCUUCCUCCCUGCAGGACUCAUAGAAUCGUAGCGUUGGAAGGGACCCCCAAAGCGCAUCUAGCCCACCCUCUGGCAAGGCAGGCAUCUCCCGUUGCUCCCUGCAACCCAGUUGGCAGCACCCGACCCUUCGAUGGCUUUAAGAGAGUAGCAAAAGGCACCUUUGUGUAAAUAUACUUGCGGGAGGAAGCAACAGUGCUCUCCCCACCCACAGUUCCCAGCAGCCGGUAUUCAGAGAAAUACCUCCUUUGACAUGUGGAGAUAGAACACAGCUGGAAGAGUGUUCUGGAUCAGGCCAUUGACCCAUCUAGACCAGCCGGUUUGGGUCCUGCGCUGUGGAGCAGCGGAAAACAAGCUCGCUCCAUCUUUCAGAUGUUUGAAGAUGGCUCCCCUCUCCCCUCAGCCUUUUCCAGGCAUCCCCAACACCCUCCAGUUUCCAGGCCCCUGACCUUGGUUGCCCUCCUCUGCACAAUACCCUUCCUAAAUUGUGGCACCCAGAACUGGACAGGUGUGGUCUGACCAAGGCGGAAUGGAACAGUGCUAUUCCUUCACUCGAUCUGGACACUCGACUUCUGUGGAUGCAGCCGAGAAUAGCAAUAGCCUUUUUUGCUGCUGCAUCACACUGCUGGCUCAUGUUCAUAAGCUUGUGGCCCCCUAAGACCCGCUGCGUCCUUUUCACGCGUGCAGCCGUCAAGCCAGGCAUCCCCCACCCUCCACUGUUAUUCGUGCCCCUUCCUCAUUUUUCUGGCUCUCUCUCUCCUUGCAGGCGCCUUCGUGGUGGGGUCCCCCAGCAGCUUCUCCACCUCCCCCCUCUCCAGCGUCUUCGCCUCCCCACUGCAGCACCAGCAACCGCCUCUGUUCCAGACCCAAGCGAUGCUGAGUCAGCAGCAGAAUGGCGGUAAGAGGUGCUUUUCUUUGCGGGGGGUGGCCCUCAGUCCAGAAGUAGACAUGCCAUUGCACACUCACCCAGAGAAACUGCGGGCUUUCACAUUUGAGGCGCUGUGGAAUUCAGCAGCCUGAGCCUCAUCUUUAUAGAAAAAAAUUACUGUAUUUUUUUGCUCUAUAAGACUCGCUUUUCCCCUCCUAAAAAGUAAGGGGAAAUGUGUGUGCGUCUUAUGGAGCGAAUGCAGGCUGUGCAGCUAUCCCAGAAGCCAGAACAGCAAGAGGGAUUGCUGCUUUCACUGCGCAGCGAUCCCUCUUGCUGUUCUGGCUUCUGAGAUUCAGAAUAUUUUGUUUCUUGUUUUCCUCCUCCAAAAACUAGGUGUGUCUUGUGGUCUGGUGCGUCUUAUAGAGCGAAAAAUACGGUAAUAAACGACAGUCAAGGUCCUAUCCCUCGUUGGAGUUGUGAUGGGCACAUUGACGGGCUCUACAUGCGUGGCCAAAACCUCUCGAGGCUAGAGGAAGGCUGUCGAGGGUCCCCACAUAGCUCAUUGCCCCUUCUUCCCAUGGGGCUCAUGGAAGGAGGAGAGAAUGCUACGGGGAAAGGACCUCGGUGACCCCGAUUAAGCCCCUUCUACCAGCACGCGGGUGGCGCUGUGGUCUAAACCACAGAGCCUAGGGCUUGCAGAUCAGAAGGUUGGCGGUUUGAAUCCCCGUGACGGGGUGAGUUCCCGUUGCUCGGUCCCUGCUCCUGCGAACCUAGCAGUUCGAAAGCAUGUCAAAGUGCAAGUAGAUAAAUAGGUACCCCUCUGGCGGGAAGGUAAACGGCGUUUCCGUGCGCUGCUCUGGUUCGCCAGAAGUGGCUUAGUCCUGCUGGCCACAUGACCCGGAAGCUGUACGCCAGCUCCCUCGGCCAGUAAAGCGAGAUGAGUGCCGCAACCCCAGAGUCGGCCACGACUGGACCUAAUGGUCAGGGGUCCCUUUACCUUUACCAGCACAGCAGAGAGGGGGCCCCUGAAGAACCAGCACAUAGCACAAAAGCUAUGUGGAUUUGAAGCAGAGUGUAAAUAUGUCUCAAGCAGAGGACAGGCUUGCCUGGUCUGGGGCCAGUCACUGCCUCUCAGCCUAGCCUCCCUCGCAGGGUUGUUGCUCUGGGGGUUAAAUGAGGACAGGGAGAACCGUGCACAUGCCACCUUGAGCUCCAGACUCUCUUAAGAGAGCCAGCGGCGGUCUAUAGCGGCUAGAGUGUCAGGCCAGGACCUGGGAGAGACCAGGGCUUGAACCUGCCCCUGGUACGCUGGUUUGACAUCAACUGAUAGGAAGUGCCUACAGAGGGUGGUGAAUACAGCACAAGAUAUUAUGGGCUGUCCCGUGAAUCCGCUGGAUGAAAUAGCAGAAGAACUUUGCCUCAGGAGAGUGAGGGAAAUUCUCUGGGAUGAUUCACACCCUGGCUGGCACUUUCUUGAUCUCCUGCCCUCAGGCAGAAGAUAUAUAGAAGCAUGAUUAGUCGUGCCAACAGGGUAAAGAACAGCUUCUAUCCUGGGCUGUUAGGCUGCUGAAUGAAAAGAGAACAACAGGGCAACUGACUUUCGGGUUUGGCGGGUGUCCGUCAGUAAACGAGGGGAAUUAAGACUAAGAGAGCUGAGUGGGGGGUGCUUAUGUAAUCUCACUGCAUACAAGUUGUACAAGUGACAAUAAAGUAUUUCAAUUUCAUCUCAUUACGGCAAAAGUCAUCUCAACACUCACUCACUCACUCUCUGUGUCUCUCCUGCCUCAGGAUCCCCAUUCAGUGGAUUUUCUGUUGCCAAAGCUGCACAGAGACCCCUUGGGCAGCCUGUUGGGAUCUCCACCAACCCUUUUGUGGUAAGCAAGCCCCUACCCCUCUCCUUCCCCCUCCUCUUCCAGCCCUCCAACCUCUCCCGCUUGCCAGUUCCCCAUCUCUUGUGAUCACCUUUCCACACCCCAGCCCCAAGAUCUCUGUGUGUGUGCAUCCGUGAAAGCUCCAGUACGAAGGCAGGUGAUGCUCACGUGAUCUAGAUACUAAUCAAAGAAAGCAAUGUUUUUUCCUCAGUUUGAGGGGCCGGGGUGGGAACAGGCUCUCUACGUAGAAAAGUUGCAGCGUUUGGGACUCUUCAGUUCAGAGGGAAAGGCAAGGAAGAUGUUCAAAGUUCCACAUAGCACGGGAAAAGCGGAUAGAGAAUUUUUUUCCUCCCUCUCUCCUAACUGGAGGGCAUCCAGGGCACAUGAAAGAAAGUCCUUCUAGCUGAUAGUUAAACUGCGGCACUCCCUCCAGCAGGAGGCUUUAAAGGAAGAUGUCACUACGGUUGCCUUUUUAACCCCAGCGAUGCUUCUGAAACCCAGUUGCCGUAAACCCCAGGAGGUGAGAGGGUCGCUCCUGUGCUCGGAUCCUGGUUCUGGGUUUCCCAGAAGAGGCAGCUGGUUGGCCACUGUGGGAACAGGAUCCUGGAACAGGCAAGGGAGCCCUUACGUUAUUGAGAAUAACUGAAGGAAAACAGUGUUUUCCUCUUACAGGUAGGUAGCCAUGUUGGUCUGCUGUAGUUGAAACAAAAUUUAAAAAUUCCUUCCAGUAGCAUCUUAGAGACCAACUAAGUUUGUUGUUUGUGUGAGCUUUCAUGUGCAUGCACACUUCUUCAGAGACACAUGAAAGCUCAUACCAACAACAAAUUUAGUUGGUCUCUAAGGUACUACUGGAAGGAAUUUUUUUAUAGUGUUUUCCUCUGUUUGGGUGUCAGUGGAAUAAAUAGGCUUUCCCUCCCUAGCUUACAGAAUCUUUGGAUAUUUCAAGAUGAUCUUUCCGUUCAGUUGAUUGGGGUGUUUGUGUGUCUCUCUCUGUGUGUGUUGAUCCUUCUCUCGUCCCCGUCCCCGUCCCCCCCACUCACCCACCUCUCUGUCUCUGUCUCCCACAGACCCCGAUGGCCUCCUCGCCUGCUGGCCCUUUCUCCCUGGCGAAACACCCCCCCACCAACCCUUUCUUAUAGCGCUGGCUAGACGACAGACCGCCGGAGACCCCCGACUCACCUCGAGAGUGUGUGUGUAUGUGUGUCAUAUAGGAGAGAGCGUCUUUGCCACUUGGGCACUUUACUCUUCCCGCCCCCUGGACUGGGGGUGGGCGCUUAAGUGCUUUUCAGAAGGUUUUUUUUGGGGGGGAACCUAUGGCCUCUCCCUCCAGAAAGCAGCGCACGAUGUGACUUGCGAGGGAGCUGGGUUAGCUGGCUGGAAACCAGGGCAGUGAUGCUUUCUGGGGAGAAGAUUUGGGGAGGGGGGCGGCAAGCAGUUCUGAGCGAUGCUGGGGAAGCUCAGUCCCUAGAGGUGGAUGUGCAUGCUGGGUAAACAGGAAGUCCAGGAGCCCCUGUGAGUCAACUGCUUCCUCCUUGGCCACCCCUCCCACCAGCUUCCCAGCAGCCCUUGUUGUGGGGGGGGGUCUGGGAUUGCCAAGGUGGGGAGGAGAGGAGGAUAUUCGGGCUCUGCACAGACCAGCCUGCAUCCCCCUUCCACGUCUCUCUGGCUUCUUUCGGGCCCCCUUGCCAGCCGCCGUGGGGAGGCUUCAGGCCCCCUUCUCCUCUAGGGCGAAGCUGCCCCAAAGGCAGACAGGAUUCCUCUUCUGCUCUCCCCGUCCUGCCUCUUCCUCUCAUCAUUUUAUUGCACUAGACGAGGCAGCAGGGAGACGCGGUCAGGGUCGCCGACAAACACACCUGCCUGCUUGUGAGCAGACGAAGCGUGUCUGGAGCAACGGAGGCUCCAGGCUGCAAUGCCGGAGCCCCAGAAUCAAGUCCAGAGGCUUGGAAGAAAGACAGAGGCAGUGUGUAUGGUCUGGGGCUCUUUUGGAAAAGGUCUGGGCCCCCUCCCCAGGCUUGGAGGUCUGUGCUGUCGUGCAAAACCCAAAGUUUGGCAACCCAGACUUUGCAGUCAGUCCUUGCUUGGGUCCCCCACUUCCGGCUGUGUGCUUUGCCAAUGUGCAUUGCCUUGCUGGGUUGGGGAAGCCUUCUGGGAAAGCCUUGGCAAGGGUCUCUGAGCAGCCCCCCAACAUCCAAGAAGUUCAGGGGGCAGAAGGGAGAGCUGUCAUUUCCUCUCCCAGCUGACACGCGCUCAGAGCCGUGUCUCUGCCAAAAAAGAUGCCCUGAGCCACAAUACCCUCCGACGUCCGCGUUUCCCGCCCUGGGGGAACCCUAGAAAACUGCCUUUCCAGCCCCCCCCCCCGGAGGUCUUCCACCAGCCUCACCUGGUCAGACAGUGCCUGCAGAGUCCCAACAUUUCAAAAGCGGGGUUUUAUGCAUCUUUCGAAAGCAAGUCCCUUCCCUUUCUCCCCCACUCCUUUUUCGUGGUCUCAGGAAAUCUGACCAAAGCGUUAAGUUUCGGUAAUUCUGUUUGGCUGAAUGCAGAAAUGGGUUGGGGAAUGUGCUGGCUGGACUUCGAUACCUGGGAGCGGGGAAAACUACGGCUUUGCUAAGCGAAUGGCGGCAGCUCUCGUUGUGCUUCCUUCAGUGUGCUGUAGCUCUUUUAAUUCUUCGCACCCGUCCGCCCGGCUCCCACCUUCGCGCUUCCUCCUUCACCCGCACACUUUCAACCCAAGGCUCCUUCAAAGGCCACAAUCCCUCCCCGCGCACAAGUAUUCUACCUAUCCCAGGCUCCCUACGCCGGCCGGGGCUUUUUUCCUUUCUUUGGGGUAACCCUUCAAUUGCCCCUCCUGGGAACAGAACGGAUACGUUCCCCCACCCCCUUAAGGAAGACUGGAGUUUAUAUUUUCAACAAAAGUAUGGACUACGUUUUUAAAAGAUAUAUAUCUAUAUAUACUCACGAAAUAUAUAAUAAGCGCAGAACUUGUUGCACUCAAAAUGUCUAUAGAUAUCUAUAUGGGGAAGGGGGAAAAAUCUAUUUGAAAAACAAA